AGUUUUCUCCCCAAUUUACUGGAAGUUGUUGUAGUUUCAACCAAUCUUGUCGACGUCUGUGUUCUUCUAAUUCACCACAUUACGGUAUGUAUAGAUGUUUAUUUUAAUAAAUGGCGUUGUCUAUAGGGUCACAAUUCCGAGCAGAGAAUUUAAAAGCAUGCUUUUUAACUUUAAACAUUUUAAGAACACUUUCAGCGUGAUGAUACGUGUAAAAACAACGUAACAUAUGUAAAAAAUCCUCUGCUUCAGAUAACAAUGUCGGCCCCCAUCACACUCAUGAUGAUUGGACUCACUGGAGUUGGGAAAAGCGCCACCGUGAACCAAAUUCUUGGUGAGAAGAAAUGCAUCGAAGGUGACUCUGGUGAAUCUGUGACAUCUGCAUGUCAAGUCGAGCGCGUCAAGUACAAAGACAGGGACGUGACGUUAGUGGAUACGCCGGGAGUAAUGGACACGGCCGUUGACGGUGAUGAAGCUUUGACAAAAACAUAUGAAGAGAUGCGUGAGGCCCUAGAUAAGUGUCAGGAGACUGGAUGGAAAGCUUUGUGUCUGGUAAUAAAGUUUGGUGAGCGAUUCACCGAAGAAAUAAAAAAGGGUCUGUAUAUUCUCAAGCUUGUCUUUGGUGAGGAUUUCUUGGAAAUGAACUGUGUUGUAAUUGUAACACACGGGGAUCUGUUUGACAAGAAGUAUAAAGGAAAGAAAAGCUUUUUGGACUGGUGCAGAGAAGAGGGAGGUGACCUGGGGGAGCUGUUUCGAUCAUGUUCCUACCGGUGUGUGCUGUUUAGGAAUGAAACCACAAGUGCCCAUGAAAAGGAAAUACAAAUGAACGAGCUUAUCACGCAGGUGAAUCUGCUGAAGGAGAGCUAUACGAAUUCAAAGUUCAAUGAAAAUAUGAAAGGACAUAAUCGAUUAAAGCUGGAGGCUGAAUUGGAAACUUUGCUUGAAUGUGUAAAUAAAAAAAUACUUGAAUUAGAGAGGGAAGUAGAUGAUGAGUUCGCUAAAGAAGGAAAUGAAGAAUGCCUUACGAUGUUAAAAGGCCAAGCAUCUGAAAUUGAAGAUGAAUUAAAUGACAGAGAUGAAAAUGUUUUUUAUAAAAGUGGUGAGGAAAGUUUACUAAAAGAUCCUAAAUCUCGAAUUAGAAGCAUCUUAACUGUCCUAGACAAGAGAAUUCGGGUAACUAAAUUAGUUGAAGAAAUUAAAGGCAAUAUACAGACUUUGAGGAAAAGCAUUUCCGAAAAAGGCAAAGCGAAAUGUGACGUCAAUGUUGUAUUUGAUUUAAAGCUUGAAUUUCAAAAUUUUUUAGACAAAUAUUGCAAAAAACAUAGUUUGAACCUGCUGGACAUUGAUUCUUCUAGACGGCGCGACGAAAGCAUGGGAUCUGACAAGAAGAUCUUUCUAAAUAAGCAAGACCUGGUUUUAUUUAAGGACAUAGAACUCCAAAGUCAUAUUUUGAAAAAUCAACUGGCACGUUUGAAACACAAUGUUGUUACAGAUAGGAUUCAUGUCUUGGACAGACAAGUCAAGGAAAUCUUACCUACAGAGACUAAUAAGAAGAUACCUGACAAAAUAAAGAGUGAUGCCAUUGAGUUGCUUAAAGCUUUAGACGAAGACGACGAGGACAUCAAAAACAAAGAAGAGGCGCUUGAUAGAAUUAUAAAGAAGGCUGAACACGUGAAUAACAAGUGCUCUCAAAGUAAGACAGGAGAACAUUUAGAAACUGCCAUUGGGGUUACGGGCGGUGUUCUAGCAGUAGGUUCAUUGACAGCCAGCGUCGUCAAGACAUUAGCGACAUGCAGCAAAGCCGCGGGUGUUGCAAAAACGACAGGGUGUUCCAUUUCUAAUGCCGCUAAGAUGUCAAAACCAUGCAGAGCUUUGUUUUCCACUGGAUCUGCUGCCUCAUUAGUUGUAACAUUUAAAAAGUUUUUGACACCUAAGUAAGAUGAUUUUUUUUGUUCCAUUACUAUUGGCGGUUGGACGUUUUAUUUUUAGAAAUAUAAAAUGAAUUUUAGGAAAAUGAUGUUUCGAAAUGGUUAAAUUUCUAAAUUGUGUGGCGUUUGGUUGCACCCGUGGUUUUGCUAUGCAUCACUGGUCAAUCCAUAUGCAGGCAUGGAAUGGAUGAAUUAAAAGAAAAUACAGUUUUCAGAUUGAACGUAUAUUAUUUUAAAAUUUAUUUACAUUUUUUUGGUCUUUAAAAAAAAAAAAAAUUGCCCAGUCAAAACUACUGUAAUUUGAGUUCACAAACAUCAAACAGGGAGUAGGAACCACUCAGAAGGGGAAACAGAGGGAGGUUUCUACGGGUAAGCUGCUGUGUUUCACACAAAAAUUUGAAUGUACCACGUCAUAAAAUCCUUUUCAAAGAUUGUGUUGAGUCUGCCUGUUCUGAACUUUGACCAACAAAGACAUGUAUUGAGACCUUCAAGAAAAUAAGUCAAAUUUUUGUUAUUUAAAUUUAUAUUUUGUUUAUUAUUGUAUCGUCUGAUGACGAAGACGUCUAGACGAAACUUCCGUUUAAUUGUCGAGUCUGGUUUCAAGCUUAAUCAUGUCUUGGUACAUUAUUUGGGUAUAUAUCAAUUAAAAAUAAGUAAUAUAUUCUAAUAGAAUUUUGGGGAAACUUCGAUAAUUGACUAGAAAGAUAAACAAUAUAGAAGACAUUUCUAGAAGCGUUGGUUCUUCCGACGCAUAGAUAUAAAAAGGGGAUUCAGAGAUUCAUCGCGAGAGAUUCAGAGAGCUAUUUUUAAAUUUACGAGACAAGAGUUUUAUUCUUUGUGUACUUAUAUGUGUUUAUUCGCAUUCGUCAUUGUACAUCAUUAAUUGACACAUUGUACUAACUGUGUAUCGGUAGAAGAUUUUCCCAUACUCUGUAAGUUGAUGAUUUGUAAUUAUAUUUCUCUUGUUUAGUAAUUAUUAAUACUUUAAAAAAUCUAAUUAAUUUUAAUUAGAAACUGUUUUGGGUAUCGAAUUUCUG